AUGUCGCCGGCUGCAGACCUAGAUCUCGAUGCCCCUUUUGUGCAGGAUAUUAUUCUUGAAGUCCGGAGCAGUAAAAUGAAGACAAUGCCUGGCUUGAACAUCCAAUCCGGCAUUGACAAGACGAUUCGCGACGGAAUAGUCUCGGUCGACCGACUUGGAAUCGAGGGAGAUGAGCACGAUCCGACGUUCCAUGGCGGCGUCGAUAAAGCAGUUCAUGGUUACUGCUCGUCGCAUUAUCCCAAAUGGCAAGCAGAGUACCCGGAAGCUGCAUCGCGUUUCAAGCCUGGAGGUUUUGGGGAGAAUCUGGUGACGGCGCACAUGAACGAACGUAAUGUGUGCAUUGGCGACAUCAUCUCGGUAGGAGACCGCGAAACCGGCCUCCAGCUCCAGGUCUCCCUCCCACGCUCGCCGUGCUUCAAGCUGAACCACCGCUUCCGCCUCAAGAACUUCGCCCCGAGGACGUCCGCGCUGUCCCGGACCGGGUGGUACUACCGCGUGCUGCGCCCCGGCCCCCUGGAGGCGGGCAUGACGAUAUCGCUCGUGGAGCGGAGGCAUCCCAGGUGGACCGUCGAGCGUGUGCAGGAAUACCUUCACAGAAACCAGGAGGAUCCGGACAUGAACCGGGAGCUCAGCAAGAUCGAGGAGAUGGGAGACGAAGCCCGCGGUGCCUUUGUAAAACGAGUGGCCAAGGCCGAGGCCGCUGCAAAGCGCAGGGAGAAGGCCGAGAACGAGCCCAAGGAAGAAUGGACUCCCUACCGACUCGCGGAGAAGAGGCGCCAGACAGAACGCAUCGCGAGCAUCGUGCUCGAGGCCCUGGCGCCGGACCCCGAAGCGCCCAGCUACCUGCUGGGCGCGCACGCGCGGGUCCGGCUACCGAGCGGCCUCGAGCGGUGCUACUCGAUCGUGUCGGGGACGCCCAACCGGUUCGAGCUGGGGGUCGCGCUGGACGCGCAGAGCCGCGGCGGGUCGGCAUACCUGCACGGGGCGGCGCGGGAGGGCGACAUGCUCCUGGUGUCGUCUCGCACGGGCGGCGCGAUCGCGCCCGCGGGCCUCGCGUCGAGCCACGUCUUCGUCGCGGGCGGGGUGGGCGUCACGGCCUUCCUGGCGCUGCUGUCCAUGUACAAGAAGAUCCACUGGAACGCGGUGCUGCACUACGCGGUGCGGUCCGAGGCCGACGUGCCGUUCUCGUCCUCGCUCGCGGACCUCGCGCGGCCCGCGCCCAACAAGGACGGCCAGGUGGGGCCGAGCUCCGUCGAGGUCGUUCUGUACCGCGGGGACCAGAACGAGCGGAUGGAUGUGCGACAGAUCUUCGCCGGCGCGGGCUGGAACAGCCAUUUCUACGUGUGCGGGCCCCGGCGGCUGAUGGAUGCUGCGCUGGCGGCGUCGAAGGAGGCUGGUCUGGGUGACGACGAGGUUCAUUUCGAGGCGUUUGGGGCUGAUACGACAGGUGAUCCGUUCGAGGCUGAGGUCGCAAACCGCGGGAAUCAGAUACUGAAGGUAGGGGCGGAGGAAACGCUGUUGGAGGUGUUACGACGGGAGUUUGGCAGCACGCAGAUAGCGAGUAGUUGCGAGGUUGGAAACUGUGGAACAUGUAAGGUGGCGCUGAAGUGUGGUAGGGUAGAACAUCGAGGAACAGGACUACCAGAAGAUGAGAAGGAGCAGGGACUGUUGAGCUGCGUUAGUCGCGGGAUAGGGAGGAUAGGCAUCGAGAUUUGA